UCCUCAUCAUUCAGUAAAAGUAAAAUUAGACAAGUACACAAAACCUUCUCGAUUACAGUGAUGCGAGAAAAUGUAAUUCAUUAUUUUCACCUCUGGUUGUAUUAGGAUUAAAGAUUUAUUUUUAACCUUGCCCUCCCCCGUGUGCCACAUUCUUCUUCACGCACAAGCCUCUGAAGUUAUGGAAGCUUUGUGUUGAAGUGCCAACUUGCCUUUGUUGUGUGUUUGCCUAUGGCAUGAAAGUAACUCGCGCUUGUUUGCCAACCGGGUGUAUUUCAGCUGUGGUUUAAUCACUGCACAUCAAUUCAUGAUCAUCUGAAAAAAAGAAAGAAAACCAACUCCCCUUGUUGCUAUGCAGCCGGGCUCUCUGGUAUGUGUGCACGUCAUGUGCUUUGCGUCGUCGCUGAAAAAGGAGGAAGGAAGCCCAGACAGCCUCCUGUGACAUCACAUCAUGUCAUGUCAAGUCCCUAUGAAGACGCACACAGUUCAGGAAAAACAAGUUUGGUGACAUUCACUCUGUCCUCCUCCUCCUCCCGCCCUCUUGUUUUUCAGCCCUGUUGCUCCUCCUUCUGAAUAUAUAAUGUAUGUAUGUGCAGCCUCACAGUAUCAGUUGUUUGAUUUCUGCCUGUGACUCUUACCAAGCAGACCAUGGACUUCUCCCAACCUUUCUCAGUCCUCAACGAGAGGCUGAAACCUCGGGGUUCUGCCAGCGAGCAGCUCCACUCCUCCCUGAGCAGACUGGAGGACAGACAGAUGAGCUCCACCAGAACCAAAUCCUCCUACCGGCCAACAGUGCUGCCAGCUGAGCCAGAGCCCAAAGCCCCCGUAGCCCUGACACAGCCAGAAGACCCACAGGCCCCUGGAGGCAACAGGACCCAGGAGGAUGCGGUCUCUACUGGUUCUGAGGGAACUGACCUACAGCCUGGGAACAACUUUUGCCUCUCCCCUGAGAUCUUCUUUCAAGAUGUGGGUGAAGAGGAGACGCGUGACGAGGACAGCAGCUCCACAAACUCCGAGGAGAAGGACAACCCGGGUGAACUGGCCCCAACGAGGAUGAUGAGCCUCUCCGGGUCGGUGCCCGCAGCCGGUGAAGGUGGCAGCCCGGCACAGUUGAACUACAUCGAUGCCACUUUACCCGACCUGCUCCACAGUGGCAGGCCGCUCAGCAGACGCAGGACACUGGGACAUGUCUCAGCAACGCUCAACGAGGUUCGCAGGGAAGUGGAGCUUUCUCGGAGGCGAAGCAUCAAGCUGAAGGCGCAGGUGGACAAACUCCAGGAAAGCAGGAGUGGACAAGGCUGGAGCCAACACAGAGAGAGGGUCACGGAGGAGGUUCUGUCCGUCCUGCGGUUGCUGCACCCACUCACAGACACCGAGCUCAGCACACCUGAGCCCCCGAGGGGGGAAAAAUGCCUGGACAUUGCCCUGGGUCAGCUGCAGAAUGUGGCUCGUCACCUGGCAAUCAGCCACACCAAACAGGAGUGCAAAACUGGAAAUGGCAAAGGAGAAGAGGACAGUGCCAUUCUACAGCAGGCACUGUGGGACCGAGACGAAGCCAUUGAGAAGAAGAAGGCGAUGGAGGCCGAGCUGCUGCGCAGCAAGACGGAGAUGAUGCUGCUCAACAACCAGCUGCUGGAGGCCGUGCAGAAACGCCUGGAGCUGUCGCUGGAGCUCGAGGCCUGGAAGGAGGACGUCCAGCUGAUCCUCCAGCAGAACUUGCAGAACCAGCAGCAGGCACAGCAGCAGCAGCAGCCCCCGAAGAAAACCUUCCGAAGCCUGGGCAUCCUGAGGAGGACCCAGCGACCGCCCAUCCAGCGACCGGCCGCCUUCCCAGUGCCCACAUCUCCGACCAACUCUCCCAUCACCAACCCAAACCAAAUCUUCAUCCCGAGAGCUGCAGUCUCUGCUCCUUCAGCUCCCACCGCACCGGCUUCCCCCAACACACCACCGAGCACCCCGCGCAACUGGAGGGAGAGGCUGAGGAGGGGGGGUAAGACCAGUCGCCAAGCGGAGGAGGCACAAUGUGCAGAGCGGGACAUGGACGGAUUCCAGGUCGUGUCACUGGACUGAAAUGGUGAAGCCCGUGCACUUUGUUCUCACAACUCAAAGAUAGUAUCUGUACAUAAAGAGAAAUGCAGAGUUUGACUUAAGACAGUGAGACAUGAACACAGCAGGAGGAGGAUUUUUGUUUCAGCAAGUGUGGAGACAACAGAACUUCAGUGUAUAUAAUUUACUUUUCACAAUAGCCAUAUCUGUACCUAAAAAAAUAAAUAAAAAGAAAUUCCAGGAAUCCCUAUAGGUCCUUGCACGUCUGUGUGAGUGCCCGGGCCCUAAAUAUUGAUUUUUAAUUCAAGGACAGGUUUAGUUUAAGGAAUUUCCAGUGAUUCCUGUAACAUUUAGGAGGGUUCAUUGGCAGAAAUUUAAUAUCCAUAUUUCUACAGCAGCCUGACCAGACAAACCAGCCAAAGCGGGAUUUUCACAUUUUGAAGCUACUUUGCAAGAGUAGAAGACAAUCAUUACUGGUAUGCAAAGGCCACUGUAGGUUCCUGGCAUGCUUGCAAAACAGAGGGGGAGUGGAGGAGUUCUCGCCAUUAGAUGUUAUUUAUUCUCACCAAGAGGAUCUGUAACGAAUCACUAUAGCCUGCAGAAUGUAAACAUUGAAAGACUCUGCUAUAAUCCAGCAUUAAACAAAUGCUUUGCAUCUUUGACUUAUGUUAUUUAUGUGUAAAAAAAUAUUUACUGUUUAUUUUUUUAACUCCAUCUCCUGUAUAUUGGUCUUUGUAAAUUAAAUGCUUAUACAAAAGCUCCUUUA